AUGGCACAGAAUCAACAGCAGAUGAUGUACUACUACGUGCAGGCCGUGCCGCAGGCUGGUCACGUGGUACAGAAUGAUGGGUCCAACAUGAACCAGGGCCAGAUGCAGGGAUACGACCACCAGAUGCAAAACUUCAACAUGGGCAAUGACCAUGGCGGCUACACUUUUGUAAUGAACCAGGAUGGGUCGCAAAUGGGCGUCAAUGUACAGCAACAGAUGGCCCAAAUGCAACCUACCAUGAUGGCACCUGGAAAUGGCUGCAUGCAGCAAAUGGUACUUGUACCAAUCAUGCCCGACCAGCAGCAGGCCCAGCAGGGAAUGCAAAUGAUGGACCCGAGCAAUGCAUGUCAGGGAUGUCAAGGGUGCGGAGGUCAAGCGCCAGCUCCUGCUUGGGGACAGGCGAACAUGGGAGGAUGCAGUGGUUGCAAUGGUUGCGGCCACGCAUUGCAGCAAGACAUGCAGCGAGGCCCGCAACAGGCCAUGGCACAGCAGAUGCCCCAGCAGCAGCAACAGCAGCUGAACCAGCAGCUAAACCAGCAGCAGCACCAGCAACAACACCAGCAGCAACAGCAGCAACAGCAGCAACAGCAGCAACAGCAGCAACAACCUCAGCAACCUCGGCCUCAGGAUGAUCGCAUGCGUGAAGGCCCAAAUCAGGGUGCACCUGGGGCAUUCGUCAAUGGCUCACAAGCUGCAGCCCCGACAGCGGCCCCGCAGCCCGCUCCCCCUGCAACAGGAAAGAAGAAGCUCUUGAACAAGAAGAUUGACAAGCAGAGCACUGGAACCACCGGCACGGCCACCACAGCUGGAGCUAGCUCUCAAGCGCCUGCCGUGCCCCCAACAACAGAACAACCAAACCCUUCCCCGACAGUCCCGGACACAGUGCCUAGUCAAGCACAGUCUGGAACGACUGGACCCGCUUCAGCCCCUGUGCAGCGGUACCAGCCCACUCCAAUGCCAGCUAAAGCGAGCCAGUCUGUUCACCAGUUCGCAUCAUCGAUAAAGGCUUUGAACCUUGAGCCUAUGCGAACAGCAACGACUGCCAAGAAGAACCAAGGUCACCGGGAUGUCUAUUUUGACCCAGCCUCAGCCCGGCUACCCGAACAGGAGACCUCACCCCAGGCAAUUCAAGCACAGCAACCACAGCAACCACAGCAGCCUUUGCCAAUAGCUGCCCAGCCGGCGCAGACCACUCCGCAGCCGCCAGCGCCUACUGCGCCGGCCCAGUCUGUGCAGCCAAAAGCAGCGCCGCAGACGACAUCCCCCGCUCCUGCCAAGAAGGGCUUCAAGCUCGAGAACAAGAAGCUGCAAGCCAAGGCGAAGCCAGCUGAUGACAGUGAAGCGAAAUCCGAGCCUCCAAAGGAGCCUAUCAAGGAUGUCCCGCCUGUAGUGAUCAAGGAGCACGUCGUGAUGCAAGCCGAGGCUAUAACUCUAGAGCCUGCUAGCGCCUCCCACGUCAACUUGACGCCAGCAAACAAGGUCUUUAGCCGCGAGCUGAUGCUGAGGAUAUGGCAGAUGCACAGGGGUGAGCUGCAUGGUGCUGUAGCAGAACUGUCAUGUACCGUCCGGCCUGGAGAGAAAACUCCAAUGAUCGAGAGGAAGAAGCUGGCAAAGCGAGAAGAUGCGCCAGAUCGAGCAAAUGUGUUCGGAACCGACAUGAAAAACAAGGGCAAGAAGGAUAUGCCCGCCCUCAAGCCUGGUGAAAAUGCCUACAAGGUCAAAGACAAGGCCAGCGACCGCAUGGAGGAGAUCGAGAGACAUGUCCGCAGCUUGCUGAACAAGAUCUGUCCCGACAACUUGGCAAAGAUAGUGGACCAGCUUGCAAACAUCAAGCUUCUCAACGCAGAAGAGCUGAAGCAUGUCAUCUCCAUCAUCUUCAAGAAGGCCUUGGCGGAACCUCAUUACUGCGCUACUUAUGCAGACAUGGUGUACGCGCUGAAGGCAAGAUAUCCAGAGUUUCCACCUGAAAGUGAGGGGGAAAAGCCUGCCACCUUCACUCGCGUGCUUCUGAACAACUGUCAGAACGAGUUUGAGAACAUGCCGAGCACGUUUGAAGCAACCGAUGAAGAGAGGAUCAAGUUCCCCAACCACGAAGAACUGCAGUUAGAGCUGAAACGGAAGAAGGACAUGAUGUUGGCCAACAUGAAGUUUAUUGGUCACCUGUUCUUGCGACAGCUCUUGGCGGUGAAGGUCAUUGGACAGGUCGUACAUGACCUCAUCGGCAUCAAGGAUGGCAACUCCGUGCCAGAAGAGCACAUGAUCGAGUGUGUAUGCCAGUUGCUCGAGGCCAUCGGGCACACCCUCGACGAGAACACACAUGGCGAAAACUUAAUGAAUUCUUUUCAGGCUCGCCUGAAGGAUUUGUCGAAGCAUCUCUCUAGUGACGGCAAGCAGGCAUUCUCGAAGCGAAUACGGUUUGCGAUUGAAGACCUUCUCGACCUGCGGAAGAACAAGUGGCAAAAGAAAGUUUUCAAGGAACAGGCCAUGAAAAUCAACGAGGUCAAGGAGUCAGCCAAAGACGCCAAGACAUCUUAUGGGAAGCCAAGUCCCGAGGCUUGCUUCUCGACGCAUAUCGCUGGACAGAAGCCAGCAUACAUCGAUGCAAAGCAGCGAAAGGGUCCCUCAGUUGACAGCUGA